UUUCAAGGCACAGACCAGGGACAUUUCCAUCAACACGCACUGAUAGGGGAAAGGACAGCCACCGUCCAGUCCAGCUUUACGUCCUCUCAACAAAUUGUUUCAGACCGAUCUCUCCUCCAGAAAACACCAUCGCUUGCUUUUGACGCACCUAUUUUCGAGCCUCAUUAUCUGUUCCGAGUUCUUGGAGCCUAUUCAGUCAACAUGGCUUCUACCAACUACAAGGAGGCUUUCUCUCUGUUCGACAAGCGUGGCAACGGCCGUGUCUCUCUCGACAGCUUGGGCGAUCUCCUCCGCGCCUGCGGCCAGAACCCUACACUUUCUGAGAUCAGAGACCUGGAGAAGAACGUUGGUGGUGAUUUCGACUUCGAGACGUUCCAACGUGUGCUGAACCGACCUGGCGGUUUCCGCGAUCCCGGCGAGCCCGAAGAAUACUGCCGCGGGUUUCAAGUAUUCGACAAGGACAUGACGGGUUUUAUUGGCGUCGGGCAGCUCAAAUACAUCCUGACGAAUUUGGGCGAGAAGAUGACCGACGAGGAGGUGGAUGAACUUCUGAAGGCCGUCGACACCAGCUCCGGACAGGUCAACUACACGGAUCUGGUCCGCACCAUCCUGGCCAACUAAGAUGCACCGAGAAUGGGGGGGAUGCGCUUUGAGUUUCUAUGGUGCUGACAAGCCGUCGAGCAUCGUAGGGGAAUUUGCAUGGAAAUGGCAUGGCGUUUAUGUAUUUGAUUGAUGGGGUCACUUGUAUGAACUUGGGUAGCCGUGGUUUGGCAUUACUCAUAGAGAUGAAUAUACCAAUAAUGAGGCAA